UAUAAAAUGUGAAAACAAAUCAACAGUUACAACAAGGGAUAAAAAAUCCCAUUUGUUGCAGAUAAUCACUUGUUGACGCCUUCGUCCAUCAAAGCCAACCAAUCAGGGAGCGUCGCCAGUUCUAAUUAGCAUAGAGCGUAACACAAAGCCCGCCCCUCUUUGUCGGCUCCACCAAUGAGGAGCCGCCGAACAUUGGUGGCUGCCGGGGGUACGAGCAACAGAGAGAGAUAGAGGAAGAACAGCAGGUACCGUUUUAUCCCCAAUGAUUUCAUCAUGUGAGGGAUUGAAGGAGCCUUUGUUCAAUCAACAUGAAACCUGAUGUUCUUUGGAGGUAGAUACCGAAUCUGCUAACGGGAGGAAUGAAGAGAGGAGGUCAUUUUCCCCGGAAUGGGGAGGUGGGAGGCAACGGCCCCCGCAGUGUUCUUAGCUAGCUAACGAAAAAGAAGAACUACUGGCUGCUGUUUUCAAAAUAAGAAAAUCUCCGACAAGAACAGGAUUUAAUUGGAUGAAAUUCUGGACUUGAAACAUUUAAACCUCUCAUAAACAAAUACAUGACGUGUGUAUGAAUAUGCUGCAAUGUGUCGUAGUAGUUUUUCUUUAAAUAAACAUGAUCGACAAACGAAGUGCUUUUAUUUUGAAGUGGACUUUACCGUAUUCCUAGCCCAACGGUUGUUAGCUUCUGCUAGCUUGACACUUGACAAGAAGGAGUGAAGUUACAAAGCCUUGGACCAAAACAACACUUUACAUCCUGUCGCUUUGGGAAUGAAUGGGACCUACCUCGCUUCACUGUGUGUUAUUCGGAUAAAAUGCCUUAUGAACCGGAGGGACUGUGGGUUAUCUAAAAUCGGAGCCCCAGGGGAAAAUACGGUUUGCUGUGGAACAUGAACAUGAACUGUCCAACACUGACAUACAAAGAGAAGCUCCUGUAGCUGGAGGAGGACAGCCUGCCUAACUUUUCCUCUUCCUGGCCCUCCUGGGAUCAAUGACCGGACCCAACUCCCCGAGCCGGGCCGGCACCUCCCCAGCCAAGCUGAGCAGGCAUGGCCGGUCAAAAAGCUCCAGCUCGCACUGCCUCCUCCGCUGCAGCACCCAGGAGGAUUCCUCCGCCUCCCCCCCUAAUAACAGCAUCAGGUCCCCUGGGGAGGAAGAGGAGAAGGAUGGAGGGGUUCUUUUCUACGUGAACAGGACCGGUUUUCCCAUUGAGAGUGUAACCUGGGAGAGGAUGUGGACCCAUGUGGCCGUAGUGCACCCGGAGGGCCAGGAGAUGGUGGACAGGAUACAAAACGCUGCAUACCUUCCCAAGCACCCGGUCCCCUCGGUCCCGACCUUCAAGCCGUCCAUGUCGGUCCCUGAUUGGCUGGUGGCCAUCCAGAACUACAUGAAGGCUCUGCAAUACAACCACACAGGAACCCAAUUCUUCGAAAUCAAGAAGAGCCGUCCUCUGUGUGGGCUAAUGGAGACAGCAAGAGAGAUGAUCAGAGAGUCUUUGCCAAUCAAAUGUCUAGAGGCUGUCAUCAUGGGAAUCUACCUGACCAACGGGCUGACGUCCCUCGAGCGUUUCCCCAUCAGCUUUAAAACCCAGUUCUCCGGACACUGCUUCCACCACGUCGUGCUGGGUGUGUACUGCAACGGCCGCUACGGGUCGCUCGGCAUGAGCCGGCGCCCGGACCUGAUGGACAAGCCGCUGACGCACCGCACGCUGGGAGAGCUGGUGGCCGACUUCGAGAGCUCCUACAAGAGAUACCAGCACACCCUGAAGAAGGUGAAGAUCGGCCUGUACGUGCCUCACGACCCUCACGUCUUCCAACCAAUCGAGUGGAAGCACUUGGUGUUGAACGCUGCCCGACUGGGACCUCUGGAAAUGAGGAAGGAGCUGGAGAAACACGGCCGGGACAUGAGGAUGAAGAUCCUGAAAUCGUCGAGCGCCCAGUCACCAAUCAAGGAGCGGAGCCGCGGGAAAUCCUUAUCACCACGGCGACGACAGAGCAGUCCCUCGAGACGCUUCACACAACGCAGAGACAAAUCGCCGGCCUCGGUGGAGAGGAAGCCUCCGGAGCUCAGCACUCUGAACGACGGCUACCAGAUCCGCAUCUGAUCCCGUCCUCCUCCUCCUCCUGAUCCUCCUGAAUCCGUCCUCUGUCAAGUUAUUUUGUCACCAAUGUUUCCAGGAGCUACAGCCAGGCAGAUACUCAGAGGAAAGAGAGUGUGUGGACCCUUCAUCCUCACACCCCUGAAGCAUUUCAAUCUGAGGCCAAACGCCCACCCUCCAACACAGGAUCUGAAGAAGUGACACCAGCGAGUUUCUUCACGACAUUUCAAUCAGCUGGAUGAGGAAUUAAAAGUAUUUCCCUGACCUCCUCAUGUGUCUUAUAGAAGGGCUUCAACAGACAGUGAGCAAGAGGAAAGGUCAGAUAGAUAUCCAAAUGUUCUCUGGAGUGUUUUAGAGAGACAGGAAGCCAUGGUGUGAAUCUGACCACAGAAACAUGUGGUUUUUUAACAGAAGUUGAAAGAAACCUUAUUAUUUGUGGUUUUGGUCGAUAAUGGUGUGAAAAUGAUCAGUAAUCCUGCUACGUUCAAAGCACAACGUUCAGUAGUUUGCAGCUUUUUGUGUAGGAAGCAGAGUCUCAGGUUAACGUGUGUCAGUUACAGCAGAGAGGGGUCAGUGAAGGAAGGUCCUGGAGUAACGUUUUAGUUACCCUCUGACUCUUCCAGUUAAUUAAGAGUGUAUAGAUCACAUCAGAGGAGCGUGGGAUAAGAGAGGGUCUCUGAUGGAGAGGGUGAGACAGAGGGAGGACAUCAGAUCAUUAGAGCACUGCGGCAAACCUCCUGCCCCCCCCUCCUCUUCUUCCUCUUCCCUCUGUUGACACAAAACUAAAUACAUAAACACGGCUCUGUUUCUUCCACACCCUCGAGGAAACAGGAACAUGGAAAGAGUCGAUGUAAGCAGUGAGCGGUCAUAGUGUUUGAUGCUCAGAAUAGAGGCACUUCAUUCCUUUAUCUUAAACAGCAGGUUUAUAAUUACUGAACGUCUAAUUGGGACCUGGAGGAACUGGAGCGACCACUACCACUUCCUAAAGGGGUAAAAAGAUCAAUCACAAAAUCCAUUUCUUUCCAAAUUUUCAAUUUUUUUCUUGCUUUUUUUUGUGUAAAUUGGAUACCUUCCCCUCUUUAGACCUCCAAAACCCACUCCAUGGUUGAUAUGCUCACAGCUCAUGUCCACACUGAACCUAUCACCUUGGGCUGCAAGUGGGAACCAUUGGGAACCAGUGAUCCAAACCAGUGGUUAUAUGGGUCUGAAGAAUGAACGUAUCCAGUACAAUCAGUUUGUGUUGCUUUCUCAUCUCUUUAAUCGCCUUCUUGUCGCUCAGAUUUGAAACCUAAGAUUGAAACCUGAAUGAUACAGCAUCAACCACAAUUAGAAAUGAGUAGGACAGGUUUAGCGUCUCUCUAACGGACCUUAAGAAGUUUAUCCUCUUCUUUUUACCAAAAAUCAAUCACUAGCAUCUCCAAAACGAGUGAGCAGAAGGCUAGAGGAGCUUCACAUGUGAGGACUAAACUCAGCUGUAGCCCGACCAUGUGUUCACGGUUAACUCACAGCUGGAAUGUACAAUCCUCCAGCUGUGUGUCCACUCAGACAGACGAGGAGGAAGCAGACGCUCCGACAAACACGUCAUUCAGGAGAGGGUUUUGAAUUCCCAACGAUGGAGGCCGUUCGGUUCAGGCAGACAUGGGAAGCUUGAGGUUUAGCUUAAAGACGAUGCUGAUGUGAGGGGUCACAUCUGAGAGCCUGAGAUACCGAACAGAGUCACAGUGUUUGUGUUAGUGUAGUUCUUUAAUCACUUACUCAUGCCCAGAAAGAUCGAAUCAGGUCUUUUGAUGUUAGUUCUCUGGUCGAGGCCUUUGAUGAAUCUCAGCUGAAACGCUUCAAAAGCUUGAAGUCAGAGAGAGAGAAACAGACACACUGCUCCUGGAUAAAUACAUAGAUCUACUUCAUAGAUCCACGUCUGUUCCGUCCACAGAAUGUACUGUGCAGGCUGAAGCCUUCAGGCGGACAACUACACCAGUCAGUUUAAUCAAAGUAAAGCACGUGGUGACAUACACACAGCCCACCAGCCUGUUUACACUGUUAAGGGGUUUGAUGCCUUGCUUAAGGGCUUUUUUAAGGGAGUUAAAUCUAUUAAAUCCACUGACUCCUGUACGAGUAAAUCUAGGGAAAAUGGUAUUUCCUGUAAAAGAGCAGAAAGAUGAUCUCUGGCGCCGGGACCCUGAGAGGACAACGGUAGAAAUGGGACAAGAGAUGAUGUUUGAUUUGAAGAAGGGGCAAUAAUGUUCCAAAGAUGCAAGAAAAACUGCUCUCCAGCAAACCUGGAUGUUAGUAAUUAAUCAACACAGUCACAGAGGACCUCUGAAGGUGCAGCAGCUUUUGAUUCAAAACAAAGUGUGUGUGUUACUUGGUGCAGCUUACAUAUCUGUGAAGGCUGGGGACAAAAACACAUUUCACAUUUGUUGUUUUGGUCGUCGAUCAUCUUCAGGAGGAUGUGUGGUCGAUUCUGAAGAUCAUGGUUUGAUUGUUUUGUCGCUUUUCUUUGAAUGUUUCCAUGUGUUUUGUUGCCCACUGAACAUCCUUAGCUUUUUGUUCCCACAGCGAGCUAUGCACACUCACAGGCAAAAACAAAUCUGUGUCUUCCACAAUUCAGACCAUGGAGGAGGAAGGUUUUUGUGGCUCUUCAGAAUACAACUCAUCUGUACAGAAAGAAAGUCUUGGACAGUCAGACUUCUGAUUCUUAGGUCCUCGGUGGAGGGGGGGAAACAGAACAAUAUUUGUAUUGUUUCCUGAUGGAAGCACCGCCCGGCCACAGAGCUCCGCCCGGCACGAACCCACCAGCGCUGCACGUCAACAUUUCUAAUGAACUUUUGUAAACGUCGGUGUUUGUUAGCAUUCACAAGAAGCACAACGCUGCUUUUGAAGUGUUUAAAGUCCUGUUGCAGCCUGAGUCAACGAGUCAAAACCACCUUCAUGUGUUUCUGGAGCUAUGCUAACGGAGAUUCACCUGUUCCCGCGGACCUAAGCGUCACACAUGCACAAAUGACCCGGAACACUUUGGGUUUAAAGAGAUGGUCUCCAACGUAGCGACAGAGACUUCUGACCUUCAUAAUUUAUAUGAUUGAAUGUUUGUUUUUAAAUAUGAUUCAGUUUGUGGUUUUCUCUCCUCAGAUAUGUUGUUUAGGGACGUUUGGGUUUGAAUCAUUGAUUGUUCUGUCUGUGUUUAAAGAGAAACACCCUGUAGUUGUAGCGGGUGUUUUCUUUAUGGCCUUUGAUUUGUUUCCAAAGUGCUGAUAUCACGUUCCUCCGCCGUCCUGGACUCCUGUAGAGUAAAAUGAACUGCAGUCUGUGGGAAAAACAUUUAAGCACGCUGGACACUCAUUUGAAGCUCACUCGGUCCAAUUAUAAGAGUUAUUCCCACUAGCUGACAACAAGGGUGCUAAUGACUUAAAGGUCCCCUAUUAUACUCUUUCUCAUCAUAUAUUCCAGGUCUCCGAUUGGCUGAAACACCAAACAGAUCAUUCUAGCAUCCCAUAACCCCCUCUGUUUCAGCCCUGUUCCAAACAUGCUGAUUCUGUGUCUGUAGCUUUAAAUGCUAAUGAGCUGCUGCUGGCCACGCCCCCUCUGAGAGGUGAUCGGUUUUAAAAAAAAGUGCUCUAUGAGGAGAUUCAGGUGAUACAGUGGGCGGGGCUUACCUUGGUUGGUUAUUGGCUAACGUAAUGGUGACAUCUGAUUGGCUGAUUUUCAGACAGGUUUUUCUAGAGAUGGAUCAGGAGUCUCUUCACACAGAGGGACAUGUUCAUGUAUAAAGGACAUGAAGACGUGGGUUUUGCAUAAUAGAUGACCUUUAAAUCUCUAAGCUCCUUGUUGCAUAUGAUACACAUCUAAAUGCAUUUUGUGUUUCGUAAUUGACGGAACAGAUUCAGAGCGACAUAUCUUUCAAAUAAUUUAUCAGACGUUCGAACAUCUCCAGUGCCUCUGCAGGCUGGGAUCAGAAUGUCGUUAUCAAAGUUUCACAUUGGUGUUGUUUUGAAGGAGUUGACCAUGUGCGUUGUGCAAAAAAAAUGAUCACUGAUGAUCACAGCUCGUGUCACAGCGUUGACUUCCUGUUUCUGUUUCCUGAUGACAGACGUUCUGAUGUCCUGGGACAGAAAGCGUUGUUUUGUUAUUUAUUUUUCUCGUUACGAAGACAAAGACUUCAGUGUGAUGUGUGGCAAUCAUACCCCCAAACCACUGGCCCACACACACACACACACACUUUUUCCCUGUGUGCGGACGUUGUGUAUCGUGUGGAGGUCAGUAGGAGAAGACGUAAUAUAAUCGUUGUAACUCCCCCCCCGACAGCAGCUGUUUCUACCCCCUCUGUAGCAGCAUGUGUUCUUUAAUAAAUCAUAUAUGUUUUUAA